GCACAGGGGUAAUACAUGAUGUAGCUGACAUAGAGAGAUUAAAAUAGUGCCAUGUGUGAGAAUUCAGGCUGACAGGCAAAGAAAAUGUUAUUUUUUUUCUCCUUUUUUUUUUUAUUUUUUUUUAAACACCAGCUUCCUUCCUUUGGUGAAUUGUAGGCCAGAGGUGGCGGAAAUACGUCAGUCACGUUUCGCGUGGAAGCUCGCCCGCGUCUUGGAAGGUGAUGCUGCUACGGAGCGAAGAUUGUAAUCACCGCUGUCGCUUUAAGGACUUUCUUAUCAAAGCCUCAUUAUGCCCACGGAGAGCGCGGCCAGCCACUGAGCAACCAAGCGACGGACCGGAGUGGAUUUGCGGCGAGAAAGAAAGCUAACAUUCCCCCAGCCCGGAACGGAGUUUGGAUUUCCACGCCAGACAUCCGUGGAGGGAAUACUGCGCACAAGUACUCGGGGGGGUCGUUGGCGUCCUGACGCGCGGAGAUGAGUCGGAUUUAAAAGUCAACACAAGCGGGAUUAUUCCACCGAGCUGUCUUUUUAUUUAUUGUUUUUUUUUUGGAUCACCGGAUCAUGGAUCGCGGAGGCGGGGGAACAACAACAACGUUCCGCGGCGUGAUUUCCAUACGCUGGCUCGGCGUCGCUGUUGUCGGUACCGCAACAAAAGUUACAAAGCUCGUCUAUUUUGCGGAGAUUUGAACUGUUUCUGCCAUUUUGCACCUGCGUCGUGUUUUUUUUUUUUUUUUUUUUUUGACGUCCCCUUCCCCGCCUGACUGUGGAUAUACUCGCGUGUCGUAAUGGAGAUUUCUACUCAAGGUCAUUGAGUGUUUAAGACAUUUGUAGUCGGAUUGUUUGUGUUUCCACAGUGCGGAGUUUGACACCCUCCUCCCUCCCUCCCUCCCUCCCUCCCAACAUGGAUGGGAAACUGAAGCAGGGUCGGAGAUGUCGGCCCAAGCGGGAAAGAGUGCGGAGGUUGCGGGAGACAACCGGGAGUGGAGAGCCGGACUCGUUGGAGGGACACGCCGCUAAAAAGACGCCGCGCCCCGCGGCGGCGGCGGCCAGAGCCCCGCGCGCCCCGAGGCGGAAGAGACGGGAGUCCGGCGCCCAGGAGGAGGACAUCAUUGAUGGAUUUGCUAUUACCAGUUUUAUCAGUCUGGACAGUCUGGAGGAGAAAACAGGACUUCUAAAGAUACAGGAGAAGAAGGAGCGGUGGAAGGAGAAAAAGGCUGUGCAACAGCCGAAGACGGAAGAUGAGGAGGUGGGGAAGGAACAGGAGAACGUUCUAGAGCCUAUGAUGGAUCCAUUAGAGAAUGGAUUCUUCCAUCAUGCCCAGAGAGAGCAGGAGAGGAUGACCGAGAGGCUGCUCAAGAAAACAUAUUCCAAGAAGAACAAACUGAUCAAACCGUUGAUGGGUUUUCCGGUCAAAUUUUUCAAGGAUGAAACGGAGCUUGGUCUACCACACAGGAGCAACACCAAGGAGCAGGUGGCGCCGGCAGCAGUGACCCUCCUCAAGUGUGACAGCGAAAGUGACAUUGACGACAAGGGAGAUGACGUCAACAGACACCAGAGGGCAUAA